GGCUGUUUUCUCGGCCGUCGGCACCGUAGCUUUCUUCCCAAGGUUUACACAUCCCACGUCCCGCAUCACGAUGCAUUUGAAUGUCGCAUGCAAAAAGCAUCGUGGAAAAUAAUUAGGCUGUAUGUAUGUACACAAGAGGCCUAGAACGCGCAACCUCGAAGCCCUCGAGCCACAUGGUGUAUCCAAGCCACACCCACUCUCUCGACCAAUCUCACCCUCUUUUGGGCAAGACGAUGACGGAGACGCACGUCCUUUGUGCAAGGUAUCCCCCUGGUCGGGGCGCCUCUCCAAACGCGACAGCAACAGCUCGAAAUAUGAUGACCCAGCUUCAUUAUUCUAUGCGUUAUACAACAAUUAAUACCUUACGCAAACAUGUCGCCUCUUUCUUUUGUGUGUUUUACCCCAGGAUCAUCCACGCAACGGAAGUCCGGAGUAACGAAGAUCAAACUUGGAGUUUCCUGCCUCGAAAUGUAAUGAUAUUCGUGGGCUACCGCGCGCAAGGCACAUUUCUGCUGUAGAUCAGUAAAUGGUGUGCUGCUGUUGUUAAACGAGUGGAUGUCCUCUAACAAAAGCUCAUAUGGAAGCCAAUGAGCUUGUAGUAUCUUGGACCCUUUCUAAACACAGACCGCCGCUCACCUUGGAUCUGAACGCGCCGGUGCUCGUUUGAUGCCAGCUAAAAGACUAGGUUGGUGUGUUGAUCGCUUCACCUAUUGAGGGGUAAAACGACAACGCAGCACAUUUUUGGCUUGUGAUUUACCUGGAACAACGACGCAGUGUUUUAAAAGUCUGUGAUAUUAUAGAAAAAGAAACUGUGUUGUGCGUGGUUAUGGCGUUCAAGGUCUACGCUACGAGUGAUG